AUGGCCUCGCCUCUACUCCACAAAAGCAGUCACCAGCUCCGAAUUGGCCAAAUCUUUCGCUUUGACAUUGCCUACAAGCCAUGCAGCUCAGCUGAAGACUACGCCAAACUGCCGCCGCGCAGUCUCUGGCUCCGGGUUCGUAAUUUGGAGCCGUUGGCGCUUCGAGCAGCCUAUUUGGCGGGCCCAUACUCGAUCUACGUUGAUUGUCGUCCUCUGGAUUAUGAGCGCAAUAAGAAAACGUUCAUCACGGCGGAACAGCCUCUGUUUGAGCCCCAAUUGCAUCCGGGCCAGACGUUCUGGGUGGAAUUGCCAUGCCAUGUGUUUAAAGAAGAAUACCACUGGUCAGUGGAUGUAGUGUCGCAAAUAAUAUUUAAUACGUCGCAACUGGUCAAUUUUGAUGUGUGCAUUUCCGAGAGUCGUGAUAUGUCUGAAGUGGUUGCCAAAGCUAAUGAUCUCGUGGUAUCUGUCCAUGACACCCUCGAUUUGUGGAACCUUCCCGUACCCGAUACUAGUAAACCCAUUCAUUUAGUCAUACUAUCCCAUGGACUCCACUCGAAUGUGUCAGCGGAUAUGCUUUUUUUAAAAGAAGCCAUCGAUAAUUCCCGCGAAAAUGUGGUGGUGAAGGGCUUCUUUGGGAAUAUCUGUAAGACUGAGCGCGGAAUCAAGUACUUGGGCAGCCGGGUUGCCGAGUACGUUGUUGGCCUCUUGCAAAACGAGGCUUUUGAAAACGCAAACAAGAUCUCCUUCGUGGGCCACUCGUUGGGCGGGCCAGUGCAGACAUUUGCCAUUGCAUACCUUGAAGCGAACUACCCAUGGGUGUUCCAAAAGCUUCAACCCACAAACUUCAUAACUUUAGCAUCACCUAUGCUCGGUGUUGCCCACGAUAACCCGGCAUAUGUAAAAAUGGCGCUUCUGGCGGGUAUAGCUGGUCGUACCGGCCACGAGCUUGGUCUUCAGUUCACAGAAAAGGGCAAUAAACCACUUCUUCUUUUGCUCCCAUCCGGACCCACUCAUAGGGUGCUCAAACGUUUCGUUCGUCGCACAGUCUAUGCCAAUGCCUUCAACGAUGGCAUCGUUCCCCUAAGAACAUCUGCCUUACUCUACUUGGAUUAUCAGGGUCUCUCAACCUUGCUAGGGCCUCAAACAGGCCAACCAGGCGAUGACCCAAAGCUGAGUGCCAAAAUUCCUCGCGAUCUUCCGGACGCUCAAGAUUCCCAGAGCCUGGUGUUACUGGCCGUUAUGUCAUACUUCAUGCCGCAGAAACACAGUCAUGAUGAAUCGGAGCGGAAACUGAAGAAUGAAGAUGAGGAAGCCCUGGUAGAAGAGCGUUACCUCAAACUUCCUAAGCCGCUGAUGCUUGAAAGUGCUGCAUCACUCCUUCUUCCUCCGUUACCCUCCAAGAAGUAUUUAACAGAUCCGGAGUCUAGAGAAAAUGUUAUAUUUCAUGACAAGGUUUAUACAGAGAACGAUCUUCCAAAAGCCGAAAAGAGUGUUAAGGAGGUGGAAGAUGAGGCGGCCCUUAUCUCAUCACUGAAUGGCGUCAAGAGAAGAAGCAGUCUGCAAAGCGUAGGUGAUGCAGAAAGAAAGGGAAUGAUCAAAAUGAUUGCCUCGAAAGGCGAGGAAAUCAGACUGGUGAUAUUAGGGAAUAUGACCGAGCAAUUGGAAGAAGCUAUUGCUCGAGAGUAUCAUAAACUGAUGCUGUGGAGAAAGGUUUUAGUACGGCUCAAACCAGAUGCUCACAACAACAUUGUUGUACGUCGACGUUUCUCCAACGCUUAUGGCUGGCCCAUAGUAGAUCAUUUGGUUGAGAAUCAUUUCGAUGUUGAUCUUCCCGAUGAACUCCAACUAACAAAGGAAGAUAGUUUGGACACGGGCCCAGAUGGCGCUGAACUAUCAAAGAUCUUGUCAGUGGAUGUUAUUAGACGAGAGAACGAGGAAUUAGACAAAGUGCCCGUUGAAAAUGCCGAGGAUACUUGGACUCAGUUCAACGACAAAGUUGAUACGUUUGAUGGGCCUGCUGGAAUCUUCUGUGAUAUUAGCGAGCGAGUUCUCAAGAUGAAAAACGACUGGAAUACAGUAGGUCUCAAAGCAUUCCUGCCACAAUACAAGGAAGAGCAAGUCACAGAGAGCCCGACCACGGAAGAAGCGCCCAAAGGCUUAAUGGGCGAUUUCAUUUAA